AUGGCUGACGCUGUCAUUAGUGCCACUAUUCAGGUUACCUUGGAGACGGCAGUAUCUCUUGCCACUGAUAGGAUUGGUAUGUUAGUUGGGUUCAAGAAGGAUGUGGCCAGCAUGACUCGAUCUCUUCGCUUUAUCAAUGCUCUCUUGGCUGAUGCUGUGGAAAGGCAACAAAACCAGGACCGGGGAGUGCAAGAAGGGUUGAAGAGUCUGGAGGAAGUGGCUUAUGAUGCUGGCAAUGUGUUGGAUGAGCUCAACUAUGAAUCUCUUCGUCACCAGGUGGAGUCCCGAAACCAGCACAAGCGAAAGGUAUGCUGCUUCUUCUCCUUCUCUAAUAUUAAUCUUGCUUUCCGUUGGAGAAUGGCUUCUAAGGUCAGAGGCAUCAAACUUAAGCUGAAUGAGAUCAAUCAAGAAGCUAGUGAUUUGGGACUGGUCGGCAUGGCAGUCAUGACAGUUGCCCUCCCUGCUGCUGCUGAUGCUAGAGACAAAAGAAAUCGGCAGACCGACUCUGUUGUUGCUCCAAUGAUUGGAAGAGCCGAUAAUGAAUCAAAGAUAGUGAAGAUGCUGUUGAGCCCAUCCGAGAAGGUUGUUUCCUGUCUUUCCAUAACUGGUAUGGGAGGUCUAGGCAAAACAACUUUGGCUAAAUUGAUAUACAACAACAAGCAAAUUGAUGGGCACUUUGACAUAAAGAUUUGGGUUUGUGUAUCGAAAAAAGUUCCAAUAGAAGAGCUUUUCAAACUCAUACUAGUGCAAUUGACAAAAGAAAAGGUUAAAGUGGAUGAUAGGAAUGUCAUCGUUGGAGAAAUUCAGAAUCAACUAGAGGGAAAAAGAUAUUUCCUUGUCCUUGAUGAUGUGUGGGAUGAUAAUCAGGCAUUGUGGGAUGACUUUUUCACCACCUUGAAGGGGCUCAAUCCAACUAAUGUAAGCUGGUGUCUGGUCACUACUCGUCUAGGUCCAGUGGCACAUAGUGUGUCUAGAGUUUUGAGGAUGAUGGAAAAUGAACGCUAUCCAUUAGGAAAACUACCUGAUGAUCAUUGUUGGUCUAUCGUAAAAGAAAAAGUAGUUGGAGGGGAAGAAGAACCUGAUGAACUAAAAGCAAUUAAAGAGAGAGUGAUCAAAAGAUGUGAUGGUCUACCAUUGGCUGCAAGUGUAAUUGGAGGUCUAUUAUCUUUAAAGAGAAAAGAGGAGUGGCGAUCAAUUUUGGAGAAUAGGCUUUCGAGUUUGAGUGGAGAUGGAGAUGGUGUGAUGCAAAUACUUAAGUUUAGUUUUGAUAAUUUGCCAUCUCCAUACAUUAAGAAAUGUUUUGCAUAUUGGUCUAUAUUUCCUAAGGAUACUGAGAUGAGAGGAGAUAAGCUAAUCGAACUUUGGAUGGCAGAAGGUUUCCUCCAAGCAGACAUCAACAGCCAAAUGAUGAUGGAGGAAAUUGGAAUGAAUUGUCUAAGAAUUUUAUUACAGAGUUUGUUGUUUGAAGAAACCAGAAGUUAUGAGGAAACACAUUAUUAUAAGUUGCAUGAUUUGGUGCACGACCUCGCAGAGUCAAUGUCAAAGUCUACUAAAGUUAUUAAUAAUGGGGAUGCUCAGAUAAUUGACAAUAGUAAUCAGAUUCGUUACCUUGCAGUAGACUCAGCUGGUGGCAGAGAAGACACAGAAAAACUUUUUGAGAAUAUAUCAACUUCGCUUCAUACAUUAUUCAUCGUAAAUGGUGACUUAUCUGGUGAUAUGUUAAUGAAGUUGAAGAACUUGUAUGUUUUGAAUUUGUCUCGUGCAAGAAGAACUCAAGAGCUACCAGUCUCAAUUGGCAAACUGAUACAUUUGCGGUAUGUUAACCUUUCGUGGGCUGCAAUCAGUAUUUUGCCGGACUCUCUUUGCAAGCUUUACAAUCUGCAGACAUUGAUGCUAAGUUAUUCAGAAGUUAAAGUUCUUCCAAAGGGAAUGUGCGAUUUGAUUAGCUUGAGACAUCUCCAUUAUGAUAAUAAUUAUAAAGAAUUUCAAAUGCCGCUAGAGAUGGGGCGACUGACUUGCCUUCAGACGCUAGAGUUCUUUAAAGUGGGUCGAGAGAAGGGUCGACGAAUUGGAGAGCUUGGAAACUUAAAGAACCUCAGAGGCAGAUUGGAGAUACGCAAUCUGGAACUGGUAAAGAAUAAGGAAGGAGCUGAGGAAGCAAAACUAUCUGAGAAGGCAAAUCUAUUUAGGCUGGUACUUGAGUGGGCCCGUGAUCGAGAAGGCGACACCUACAAUGACGAAGAUGUGUUAGAUGGCCUUCGACCCCACCCAAAUUUGGAGGAGUUGGUAAUUUGCGAUUUUAUGGGCGAUCAAUUUCCUCGAUGGUUAAUGGAUUUGCCAACAACAACAACAAUCCCCGAGUCAGCAACAACACUCCCCAAGUUAGUCUGUUUGAAGUUUUAUUCCUGCGACAGAUGCAAAGACCUCCUUCCCCUGCAAAACUUUACAUCUCUUAAAAAGCUGGUGAUUGAUGAGUGCGAUGGGUUGACGAAUCUGCCCGGUGACAUGCUACACUCUUGUGCCUCUCUCCAGGAGCUUCGGGUGAUUAAUUAUGACAAUCUUAUCUCCUUUCCGCUUGAUUUGCAACAAACGCCUUCUCUCUCGGAGCUGGAAUUAUGCGAGUGUCCCAAACUGAAAACAAGGUUGACGCCCAAAGGAUUUGGUUUCCUAACCAGCUUAAGGGAGCUUGAAAUUGGUCCCUUCUCAGAUGAUGGUGAUGAUCAUGAAAAUUCUUCAAUUUACAAUGAGUUUGAUUGGUCUGGAUUGAUAUCCUCCUCCUCCUCCUCUUCGUCAUCCGCACUCCGUGGAUUAGAAUUAUUUGGGUUGCCUUACAUUGAGUCACUGCCACAUCAGAUCCAACACUUGACCACUCUCACGUCACUAUUGCUAUAUGACUUUGGAGCUGUAGAAGCUCUGCCAGAUUGGUUCGGAAACUUCGCUGCUCUUGAAGAACUAUAUUUAUGGAAUUUCAAAGAGCUUGGACAUCUACCCUCUGAGGAUGCCAUGAGAAGUCUCACCAAACUAAAACGUCUAAGGGUUCGUGGUUCUCCUCUGUUAAAAGAAAGAUGCACUCCUGAGAGCAGCGGCCCCGACUCCCAGUGGUCCAAAGUUUCUCACAUUCAAGACCUAGACAUACGCAUAAGUUGA